CACGGAGGCGUCAUCAUCACACGCACGAGCGCUGUCCGUUUGAAUCACAGACUGUACAGUCGAGUAUCGCUCCACACAGCUACAGUAAGAGUCGGAUGAUUUGCAUUUUAAAACCUAUUUAACCACAUGCUUAUCUGAAUUUGGAUUUAACGCACUGAAUCUUUAAAUGGACUGAGCGCUAUAGGGAAUUCUGCGUGUUUCCCUGGUGCGUUAACCAGUAGUUAGAUUGCGGAUUAAUACGAAAUGGCUACGGACGAGCUGUCAUCGAAGCUGAACCGUCGGCUGAAGAUCGAGGAUGGCUCGCACGAGCCGGUGGCGGCCCUGGACGAGGCUCACGAGAACGGAGCGCACGAUAAACCGGCCACGAGCAGCGCGGACUCCGAGCUCGGAGCCAAACUGCAGCGGCGCGGGGAGCUGAACGAGGGCGUCGGUGAACACCAGCAGCCCAGCAUGAAGGUGUUCAACCCCUACACCGAGUUCAAGGAGUUCUCGAGGAAGCAGAUCAAAGACAUGGAGAAGAUGUUCAAACAGUAUGAUUCAGAGAAGGAUAACUACAUUGACCUGAUGGAGCUGAAGCUGAUGAUGGAAAAACUGGGAGCUCCUCAGACUCACCUGGGCCUGAAGAACAUGAUCAAAGAGGUGGACGAAGACCUGGACGGCAAACUUAGUUUCAGAGAAUUUCUUCUUAUCUUCAGAAAGGCAGCAGCAGGAGAGCUGGCGGAGGACAGCGGCCUUCAUGUCCUGGCACGUUUGUCAGAGAUAGACGUGUCGACUGAGGGAGUGAAGGGAGCCAAGUCAUUCUUUGAGGCUAAGGUACAGGCUAUUAACGAAUCCAACCGGUUUGAGGCCGAAAUCCGUCUGGAGCAGGAGGAGAAGAAGAAGCAGGCAGAGGAGAAGAAACAAAGACAAGCCGCAUUCAAAGAGCUGAAGUCAGCCUUCAAAUAACCGCAUCCACCUCCUCCUUUUACUCCUCCACCUGUGUCCGUCUGUUCGUCACCAGAGUCCCUGCUAUCAGAGAUACUAUGCAAGGCUCAGAGAUUCAUCUUCCUGAGAGAUCUGUGUUUUAUCCUUGCCUCUUUCUCUUGCUCGCUCAGGCUGAUUUCGAAUGUGAAGCCAGACACUGAUCUCAGUACACUGGAUUGGAUUAGUUUUCUUUCAUUUGCAUGUGUAUGUAUGUCUGUUUUCACCAUCAGUAUCGUUUUUUUUUAUUAGUUUGGACAACAUUUGCCUCUUGUCCUCAUUAAAGUGUCUAAAUCUAACGCUUAAGUAGUUUUAAAUAGUUUUUUCUUGAAAAUCUUUUAGCGUUCUCAGUAUGCCGUUUCCAAUCCCUGUAUUCAUAUCAGUGGUAAUUGCACAAGCGCAAACACAAGCAGGAAAUGCUUUCCACUGUACCAUGACUAAUGAAACUUUCAUUGCUGGCCAUUUUAACUUGAGAGGGCAAAUGAAUAAGAGCAUUAGGAGCAUUAAGUGGUCAGUAUUUUUCCUGAGUAGAGAGAUGGAGAUCUGGUUUAGGGGUGUAUGUGCAUGUGUGGUGAUGGUUGUAAUGGUGUUUGUUUAUUUUGCAUGGUCACUGUGGUGUCGUUUUCGCUAUAUGGUACACUUUAGGUGUCCAGUGUUAAAUGUGGCACACGCUAACCUAAAACUGAUAUACAAAUCGCAAUGAGACAUAGCUUUAAAUUUAAAAUAGCUUACAAAAUGUAAGCAAUUGCAACGUAAUCUUUUGACUUUGCGUGGUUCUUGUUGAGGGAGGUGUUUCGUUAGGGCGAAGUCUAACCUCUGAAUCCCUGUACUUUGUGCUUCCAUGUGUGCUGAUCAAGUAACUGUGAUAUGAGGUUGGUCAGAUGCAUCAAAUGGAGUGAAAUCACAUUUGAUUUGAAUUAAUAGUUCAACCGAAGACCAUUUAUUCACCUUCAUGUCAUUCCAAGCCUAUCUGACUUUUUUUUGUGCAGAAUACAGGCUUUUUUAAAGUGUUGGUAACCAAACUUUUGUUUUUUAAUUCCAGACUUUUGUUUUUGUCUGUGUGUUAGAAAGUUAAUGGAUACAGAAUAAAUUUUUUCUUUUUUUUUAAUUAUAUAUUUUGUAUUCCACAUAAGAAACCAUAAAAAUUCUGUAGGUUUAAGUGACAUGAGGGUGAAUGUUUUUUUUUAAUAUUGUUUAUUUUUGAGGGGGUGAACUAUAUCUUUAAAUAUUAAUGUCUUCAACGGCUUUAUGAAAAUUGCAUGACAGCCCAUCAAACAAUUUAUGUUUAAUAGACGUCUAAUAGACAUCUAAGACAGCUGUACUAAAGGCUUUGUCUGUCAGUGAAAAUCUAAUAGACAUCUAACCCUACUGAAAAAAACAGCUUAAACCAGCCUAGGCUGGUUGGCUGGUUUUAGCUGGUUGACCAGCCUGGUCUUAGAGGGGUUUUGGCCACUUUCAGGCUGGUAUCCAGCCAUUUCCAGCCUGGUCUUAGCUGGUCAGGCUGGAAAAUGACCAGCUAAAACCAGCUUGACCAACUUGCCAGGCUGGAAGCCCAGCCAAAACCAGCUAUGUCCAGCUUAAACCAGGCUGGAAAUGGCUGGAAACCAAAACCCCUCUAAAACCAGGCUGGUCAACCAGCUAAAACCAGCCAACCAGCCUAGGCUGGUUUAAGCUGGAUUUUUCAGCAGGGAAGAAUAGCCCAAAACUAGACUAGUCGUCAAAUAGACAGAUUAGACGGACUUUAUUUGUGUAGUCAUUCAUUUCUGCUUAUUUGAUGUCUAGUCUAGUUUGGGCCUAUUCUUAGACGUCUAUUAUAUUUUCACUGACAGCCCAAAUUUAGCCACGUUUUAGCCAAGACGGCUAUGUUUCGACAUCUAUUAGACUUUUUUUUUUUUUUAACAAAAGAUUCUUGCUGGGUGUUGUAUGUAUUCCCACAUCAAAAUGACGAACAUAUUAAAUAUUUAGCUGGGGAAAAAUGUACUUUGACAAAUCAUCCUGUGACCGUUUACAGUGAAUCGUAAUGAAUUGAAAGUUUUAUGGUCAUGUGACAUGCAGUACACUGUGGCAAACGUAACUGAGAUCCUAUGUAUAAAGACAAAUCUAUAUAUUUUCAUGUGAUGAAAAUGAAAAAUAAUUUUAGUUUUGUAUGGAAAGGGUGUCUUGUGAAAGAAACAUUCUUAUUUUCUCAAUAUAAAUUUCGCCGCUUACAGUCUUGUCUCCCUUCUGCUCUCCAUCAGCCACAAUCUUGGAAAUAAAACUCCUAUAAAUCGGAGGCAAUAUUGUUGGCGUUUGCUAUGCUUAAUGUUGUUCCUUGUCUCUGUGUUCCGAGUCACUGGUAAAUGUACUCGUUCUGUGGGAAGUCAAACAAAAGGUGUAUAAAUAUUUCGAUCUUCCAGUCUUCACAGCCAUCCACGUUUUCUUUUAUGGUUAUCUGCUGUUUAAACUGAAAGUAUUUUGAAUAUAAAGGGUAAAUAUAGUAGUGUGUUUGUUAAUGUUUGGUCAAACAAGAGUCGACUUGACACCAAUCAGUUAUUGCAUUCCUUUAGAAGCCAUAAAUAGUUCUGUCAUUUCUCUUAAGAUUUCUUUUUUAGUCGAUCUGUUCUUGUCGUGCCAAAUGAUUUCACACUUCUGUUCUGUUUUUUAGUAUGACAUUCCACUGAUUUUAGUUGAGUUUAGACUAAAUAUCAUUGAUCUAAACUGUUUUGCUUUUUAAAAUGUAAUAAAAUUGUUGACAUUAAGCUUUUAAUGAAUUAAAACCCUAUUUGGAGUUUUGGUUUUAGAAUUAAUAUUUGCACAUAUGCAUAACUACAGCUGAGCUUUGGCAGUAUUGACUUUAAUGGAUUUCUGUGAAAAUCUGCACCUUGUAAAGCAGAUUCCACAAACAGCACAAUGUAUUUUUUUAUUUUUUUGUAUUUUAUCAUUUUUCUGUGAAAUGUAAUGCCAGGAGGAUGAGAAAUGAGUGUUGUAGUGUAAUGAUUUCAUCUGAUGGCAUGUUUUUAUCUUAUUGUUCGUCAUUCCAGCGAUUUGACAAUGGUUGAGAAGGCCUUGAACCAUCCUGACCAUAUCUGUACCUUACUGUCAGUGUCUGUGUCAGUCGAAUCUGGUGGUUAUGGUAUCAUACUCACGUAGGCUUAUACAUAUUGAUAUGUGGCUUCUAUAUGCACAUUUAUUUUUGAUUUUCUUACUAAAGUGUAUGAUUCUUGUGACAAUAAAACAAAAUCUUUUAAUUUGGAAA